CUCAUGAUGAAUGAAUGAAGGCAGGAAUAUGAAGGAGCGGGAGGCGGGCAUCUCCAGCCUAAUGACAGGGAGCAGGAGGCUGCCUGGCCCCAGGACGCUGAGCUGAGGGAGUGGACACGAGACGGUGGAAUGGCUUCCCCCAAGCCCAGCACGCCAAGCGAUGGCAUGUUCCCCACCCCGGUCUCCCAGGAGCCCUGGGGACCCCCGGCCUGCGUCUUCCCCCUAGCCACCACGCGGCACCUCAGCCACCGGGCCAACAACUACAAGCGACAUCCCAAGAGGAGGAAAUUCAUCCGCCCCUCGCCCCCGCCCCCUCCCAACACCCCCAUCCCCCUCGACCUCGCCCACUUCCCGGAACCCCCGCCGCGACGCUCCUUCCGGGAGCUGCUCUUCAAUGGCUGCAUCCUAUUCGGGGUGGAGUUCAGCUAUGCCAUGGAGACCGCCUACGUCACCCCCGUCCUCCUGCAGAUGGGACUCCCCGACCAGCUCUAUAGCCUGGUAUGGUUCAUCAGCCCCAUCCUGGGUUUCUUGCUGCAGCCCAUCCUGGGAGCCUGGAGCGACAGCUGCACCUCGCGCUUCGGCCGUCGCCGACCCUUCAUCCUGGUGCUGGGCAUCGGAGCGCUGAUGGGCUUGUCGCUGGUGCUGAAUGGCCGGGAUGCGGGGGUGGCUAUAGGAGACACGGUGAGCGAUCACCGCUGGGGGAUGAUCCUGACGGUGUGCGGUGUGGUGCUCAUGGACUUCAGCGCAGACUCUGCCGACAACCCCAGCCACGCCUAUAUGAUGGACGUGUGCUGUGCCGAGGACCAGGACAGGGGGCUCAACAUCCACGCACUCCUCGCAGGUCUGGGCGGUGGCUUUGGCUAUGUUGUCGGGGGAAUAAACUGGGAGCGGACGAGUUUCGGGCGGAACCUCGGGGGGCAGCUGCGGGUGGUCUACCUGUUCACUUCGGUGACGCUGGUGGUAGCGACACUCCUGACCCUCACCAGCAUCCCCGAGACCCCGCUGCCCCCCGACACUGGGACCAAGAGGGUGAUGAAGAGCCCCAGCCUGGCGUUGCCCCCCUCCCCGCCCACUGGACCCGGCCCGGAAGAAGGAGACCCCGCUACCGACCAGACCCCCGGCCUCUACACGGGCAUGAGCAGCCCCAUCUCCCCGCUCAGCCCGCUCACACCCAAGUACGGCAGCCUGCUGAGCCGAGACAACUCGCUGUCGGGCAUCAACGAGUUCGCCUCCUCCUACGGCAGCUCCUACAUUGACACGGUGCUGAUCGGCUGCUCCACCGGCCGCAAUGACGAUAGCUGCGUCAUCAUGAGCUCCAGCCUGCCCCGCCUGCCCGACUCAGCACAGCACCACGAGGAAGAGGCCAGCGCAGAGCCUGGCAGCCCGGGCGUGGGAUCUUUGGACGCCUCCAAACGCAGAGCCUCGGGAAUCCUGAAGCGGCCACAGACCCUCAGCAUCCCCAACACUUGCUCCGUCACCGUCACCCACCCUGACCCCGGGCGUAGGAGAACAGUGACUUUCAGCCAACAGGUAGCAAACAUUUUACUGAACGGGGCAAAAUACGAAACGGAUCUGAACGAAUCGGGGGAAUUCUGCGAGCGGCCGUUCUCCACCUCCUUUCUCUGCUCCGCCAUCUGCCACAUGCCCAAAGCCCUGAGGAAACUGUGCCUCAACCACUUCCUAGGGUGGCUGUCCUUUGAGGGAAUGCUGCUGUUUUACACUGACUUUAUGGGGGAGGUGGUGUACGGAGGUGAUGCUAAGGCUCCCCACGACUCUGAAGCUUUCCACAAGUACAACACAGGGGUCAGCAUGGGCUGCUGGGGGAUGUGCAUCUACGCUUUCAGUGCUGCCUUUUACUCAGCGAUCCUGGAAAAGUUAGAGGAGCAUUUCAGUAUCCGAACUCUCUACUUCUUUGGGUAUUUGUCCUUCGGCAUCGGAACGGGCAUCGCCACUCUCUGCCGCAAUGUCUAUGUCCUGCUAUCUCUGUGUGUGACCUAUGGGGUGCUGUUCUCCUCACUCUGCACUCUGCCUUAUUCUCUGCUCUGUGAUUACUACCAGAGCAAGCAGUUUGCAGGGUCGAGUGCAGAUGGGACUAAGCGAGGGAUGGGUGUGGACCUGUCGUUGUUGAGCUGCCAGUACUUCCUGGCACAGAUCAUCGUCUCCGUAGUGAUGGGACCUCUGACCUCGGCCGUGGGCAGUGCCAGUGCGGUCAUGUACUUUGCCAGCCUGACCUCUUUCGUUGGCUGCUUCUAUUCCUCGCUCUUUGUGAUCUACGAGAUCCCCCCGGAGGACACAGGGGAGGAGGAUCAGCCCCUUCUCAUGAACGUCUGACACCCCACCUCCAGCUCAGCUCCCACCCCCAUAUCAAUUCUUCAAUCCUUCGCCCUCAAACCCCUGGGACACGGGGGCUACAGCAUACGACCUCUGCUAGAAGGGAACGUCCUGAGUUCACGCCAGGUUUGUCACCUGUUCCCAGGACCGAUUGGCCAUCACACACUGUCCACGUGGCACAUGGUCCUCCAGACAAGAGCUGCUCUCAGUCCAGGCCUCUAUACAGACUGAGACACAGAGUGUCCCCCAACCCCGGGCCAGUAUUGAGGACACAAUGUCUCUUAUUUCUGCUGUUUUCCCCCCCCC